AACAGACCCUUGAUUUCAUUUGCUUCACCUUUCCCCAAAACCAGGUAUAUAAACAACAACUGAAAAUGAAAAGGGAUAACCUCCAAUUAAAUUCUGACGUCUUCUCUUUCUUUCUUUGUUCGUUCAAACAAUUCAAUGGUAGUUCAAAAGCGUGUCCAUUUUCUUAGCUUGACACCAUUUCUCCCUUGUCUGUCUUGUCUGCAAAGCAAUCCAAUUCCUCUUUUCAAUAACAUUCACAUCAUCUCUCUUUCCUCUUUAAUGCAAAUUCCCAUUUCCCAACUGUAUCUCUAGACUAGAUUACUACAUGUAUCGAUCUACACAUUAAUUCAUUUUUCAUUUGUAUUCAUAUAAAAAUAAAGGGGGUUGGUUGCAUUUAGUCUCCUUGAAUUACUUACAUAGGGCUUGUGUUUAUGGACACUGAUCGCUUUCUUGUUCAUGUUGUUGGCGGUGGCUUUUGAUCUGUCUCAUUGACACGUGUGGCGUCUUCAUCCUCUUGCUAUAUUUCUCUCUGUGUUAUGAAGAAGCCCCGUUGUGACUUUUUAUUUUCUUCCAACUUGACUCUUUCGUCUUCCUCUUCUUCUUUCUCAUGGGAUUUUCUUGAUCCCAUUUUUAUCCAUUCUGUGAUUGGUGUUGCGAAAUUGAGGAGUUCAUGGGGAGCAUUGAUUAUGGCAAAUGUGUCUUUCCCUUGACUAGUUUGCAAAUCGGGGACUUGCAGUCCUAUCUUUCACAUCUUUACGUUUUCCUUGCACCUGAGAGUAAGAGAUUAUAUAUCUUGGUGGACAACCGUCCAUGGCUUAGAGAUCUUGUCUCUAAACCUGCACAGUUAUGGCAAUUGAUGGUAACCAAGUCCAGGUUAUCUCCCUUUGCAAAUACCAGAGGGCGGAAACAAAGGAAGGAUAAUGGAGAUAUAUUGGAUAUAAAAUCUAAUGAGUUUAGCCCGAGUGAAUCAGAAAAUGCGAGAAGAUGGUUUCCUUUUAUUGAUGCUGCAACUUUGGCCAAGAAGAAGGAAUUAUUACCUGUAAAGAAACUGAGAAACUCUUUGAUCUUGAAUAACAAAUUGCAUAGGACUUUGUAUGGGUUCAUUGUGUUUGAAGUUGCGUGGAAUGAUGUGCGCGGUAUAAAUUAUUUCAAUGAGCUUCAGACAGAUACAUCACUUGCCAUAGAAACAAAAUUCAUGAGAAGAUGGGAAUUUGAUAGUGUAGCUCAAGCUGCUAGAUGCGUGUCUUCAUGGUUUUCUGGGACUGACACAGAACAUCGUCUCCUGAAAGUGUGUUUGGAAUCUACUAUAGGAGAGGUAUUUUAUGAUUCUCAAGACAAUUUUCGGGUGAAUUCCGAUGUGGCUGACAGUGAUGUUUCUGCGGCCAAUUCGAGCGACGAGGAUGAAUCUCCUUGCGGUUCUAUUAGAAGUUUCAGUACGUACCCUGCUACAGAAAAUGGUGAAAUUUCUCUGCAUACACCAACUCUACUUGAUGAACCUCACAAGAGAAGAAAACUUCUGAAGUCUAUCAGUAAGCGAUUCAAUGUUGAUAUGCUCUCUGAGGAGCCCUUUUCUGAAACUAUUGAAUCACAACUACAUGGUGGGCCCUCUUACAGAAGUACUUCUGAAGACAUUGAAGCCUGUCAGUACAAGGAUGUUUUGCUUUUGUUUCGGUUUAAUGAUCGUGAUCUCCCUUUCAAACUAAGAGACAUCAUUCUUUCGGAUUUACGGUUGCUUAGACUACUGGAAGCUGGGCUUCCUUCAUGGGUCAUAUUUCUCCAGUCCUAUCCAGUACUUUGCCAUAUUUAUCGCCCAUGGAUGUGCCCUCUAGCAAGAUUCUUAUAUGUCGUAAUCUCUGUAGUUACUGUCCUGAUUGGAUUUUAUGAUCUAUACAAAAAUGUACCUGUACUCAAAGCGACAGCAUCUAGUUUGUUUGGCCCACUUUUUGAUUGGAUUGAAACAUGGGAAAUGGUAUCAAGAAUUCAAUACUUGGGGACCAUGCUAUUUCUGCACAAUUUUCAGAAGGCUUUCAGGUGGUUCCUCAUGACAACGCGUACUAUUCGGUCAUUUUUCUCUGUUCUCACACAGCCAAUGGCCGGUCCACUUGUUGAGUUUGUGGGAUUCUUCCUUCCUUACUCUAAUAUGUGUGCACAAAUUAUGGAAGAUCUCUUUUCCGUAAUAUGGUUUACAGUCGGAUCUUCAUAUGCUCUGGUGGGAAAAAUCAUUGAGAUUUUAUUACUACCUCUCUGGUAUACGACAUCGUUUGUUUGGAAUCUUGUGAUUUAUUUAUUGUACCCUAUCUUCUGGAUUCUGUGGGAAUUAAUGUAUGCUCCAAUUCGCCUGGUCUUUGGUUUUUCUAGCGUUUUGGGCUUUUUAUGUACUUCUAUAUAUCAAGUGAUAAUGGAUUCAUGGCUGUUCGUGAGUAGCAUAGUUCGAGUCACUUCGCAGGUGGAGACUACAGUGACAUCCAGUGCUGUAUCCGUAUCCAUAUGGCGUUCUCUUUGGAAUGACCUUUUCUCUCAGAUUUUCAAAGCUCUUCGAAGUAUUCUCUAUGGUUUUGUUGCCUUCUUCACAGCCUGCAACAGACACCGGCUAAGUAUCUAUAAUCAUUUGAGUGAUUGUAUACAAAGAUUAUCCCAGCCUGUGAAAAGGUCACACCCUCCAGAACGUGGCCGCAGUCCUCCAUCAUCUGGAGAACAAAUCACAUGGGUGGAUACAGAAGAAGUGCACCACCAGCGAAAAUUUCGGAAGAUAGAUUGAUGAGAGACACCCUUCGCACCUUUAACAUGUACAGCAAAAGUUAACUCCGUCACCAAGAAGGAAGUUUUCCAUUGGUGCCAUGUAGGAUUUAGGAUAUAGUCUAUCUCUUAAAAGGGAAAAUAUCGUUAUAGGAAAUCAAUUUGCUGAGUUAUCUUUGCUUCUUGGCUCUUGCGUCCUGAGGUUUUGUUGUAAUCUGUUUUUUGAUAGUCACCUUAAAGUUUCAGUAUGCGGCCUCCGCUCAGAGCUUGUAGCAUAGCAGAAAAUAUCUUGUAAAUAAUGCAAACAUGGAGAUGCUUUUUGAAAUACAAAUGUUAGAAGUAUCCAA